CGGGUUUGAUAAUAUCGCGACGAUGGCGGAGGAGACGAGAAAUCCGUCGCGAGAUAUUCCGUUGGGAUUACUCGGCUCUAUGUCGAUCAUCACUGUUAUCUAUUGCUUGAUGGCACUGGCGCUCAGUAUGAUGCAGAGGAUAUACUGCCACCCAUGUCAUCAACAAUGAAAUUUGCAAAUAUAUGUUGAUGGAGGCUAAAAGAUAUAAUGUGAUUAUGUACGUGGAAGAUGAAGAACUUUCACUAAGAGAGCCCACCACGACGAGCACAAUGAACUUCAUAUUUAAUGAUGCUGGCCCAUCUAUUCAAGUUAUUGGCAGAAGAGCUGAAGCAACGACUAGAGCUUAUCAGUGAAACUGAGGGAGUGAGGUCUGUGUACGGGAGCGAGAGAGAGAGAGAGAGGUGAAGCAAGGGCAGCAGAGAGAGAGAGGGGGAGAGGUGAAGCCAGGGAGGAGAGAGGAGAGAGAGACCUCGCGCUUUUCUUUGCUUCUUUAUUGGAAGUACUGAGGAAUCGCCGAAUCUCGAGAAGAUGCGGAGCUGGUAUAGUGGACUUGGCUCCCUAAUUCCCAGAGGUUUUUGUUGAACUUGCUUGAUUAGUAAACCAUAACUUAUGGCUGUCGUCCUCUUUUUUGAACCUUAUCGAGGGCUAUAAUUGACCAAAUUUGGACCUUGUUUCUCUCCUUCAAUGAUUGCUUGUUCACUAAGAUCUAAUGUGUAUCAGGAAAGAACUGAAUCUCCAGUUUUAUGAGCUUCCUAAAGAGGAAGUUAUGUCAGGUGGACAUGCUCAAGCCAAGGGAAGCUGAUAUACCUGUUCUUUUUAUGGUUUUGGUUGUGUUGCCUGUCAUCAUCUACAUUAUUCUUGGCAAGUGGAAUGAUACUUCAAAGAAGGCGGCGAAGGCAAACAUACUUGCUCAGCUAGCAGCAGAAGAGUCUUUUAGAGAAGAAGUUAUGGCUUCAGCUGAUAUUUUACCAGUAGUUCCUUUAUGGAAAAAUGACACUCAUGUGUGUGCCAAAUGCUAUGCCCCUGCCACAUCUCGCUGUUCCAGAUGCAAGUCUGUUGGAUACUGCUCUGGGAAAUGCCAAAUAGUACACUGGCGGCAGGGACAUAAGGAAGAAUGUCAGCAAUGGCAAAAUGGUGUUGUGAAUUUUUCCGCUGGUCGUGGUUCUAUCACCGAUUCUAUCCAUAGAGGGUCCAUCACAGAUGUCUCAAGAGAUUUUAAUGGAAGUUACACAAAGCAGCAUCAGCACAGCAGUGUUCAUUCUGAUGAAGCAUCCUAUUGGAGAACUGAUGCACCUACUGUUACACACCCUGAAAGAAAUUUGUCAGAUAAUGGCUUGAGAAUUCGAGGUAGACCAAAAAGAGAAAUGUUAAGUGAUGAAGCGAGCAUUAUUGUUGGCACCAAUAACACUUGUGCUGAUGCUCGAUUGGUGGAUGGGAGCUCCCCAGACACUUUGCUUCAGGAUGCUUUGUUUGAAGUUGAGUCCGGACCUGGGAAUUUUACUGAAACAAAUGAGCAUCAGAAAUAUGAUAGCACAGGCAUUCAGAAUAAUGGAUCCACUGUCAGAAAUUCUGCUUCUCAGUCCCAAAGAUUAAAGGAUGAAAACAAGAGCAUACCAAAUGUAGCUGAACUCAGGAAAUCAACAGGAGAAGCAACUAGCUCAUUCAAACAAAGAUACCCCACUGGUUCUCAUGAGAAUGCAACAAACGGAGGUGAAGCAGGGAAGAAUUUUAUUUCAUAUGAAGAUAGAUUUUCAUCAUCUUUUGUAACUUCAGGCUUGAGGCCCUCAGCUGAAGAAAACUUAGUUAAACGAAACUUGAUUUAUAAAAAACCCCCAUACAUUCUGGAUCCUGACAAGUCAGUAGCAAGAGCGCCAAGACAAUGCCAAUCUCAAGUAACAAAUGGAGGAAUCCCACCAUCUGUUCCCACAAGCAGCCCUGAACAAUGUUUCAAAGGAAUAACAAACGGGAAAGAAAUGACUCUCAAAACAUCAAGAACUUCUUCAAGAAAUCCUAAGAGUCGUCUUGUUGGGUUGAUCAAUGGUUAUAAAAGAAAUAAGCUGCUUUUUCCAUAUGAAGAAAUUGUGAAGCUUUUCCAGUGUGAUGUGUCAGGCAUAUCACCAAGGGGCCUUCUUAAUUGUGGAAACAGUUGCUAUGCCAACGCUGUCUUGCAGUGUCUGACCUUCACAAAGCCUAUAAUGGUCUACUUACUUCAUAGAUCACACUCAAGAACCUGUCGGAUAACAGAUUGGUGCCUGAUGUGCGAACUUGAGCAACACAUUGCAGAGCUAUUGGAAGGUGGUGGCCCUCUAUCUCCAAGUAAAAUUCUUUCAAACAUGAGCGAUGGUUGUCGAAUUGGUGGCGGAAAACAGGAAGAUGCUCAUGAGUUUCUAAGACUUUUAGUUAUGUCCAUGCAAGCUGUUUGCCUUCGGGAUCUGGGUGGUGAGAAGAAGGUUGAUCCUGGACUGCAAGAAACUACUCUUGUACAACAGAUUUUUGGUGGUCGCCUUAAAUCUAAGGUUAAGUGCUUGAGAUGUCAUCAUGAGUCUGAACGAUAUGAAAAUAUUAUGGAUCUUACGCUGGAGAUCUAUGGGUGGGUUGAAUCUUUAGAAGAUGCCCUAACGCAGUUUACGGCCCCGGAGGAUUUGGAUGGAGAAAAUAUGUAUAGAUGUGGAAGGUGCUCCACAUAUGUUAGAGCAAGGAAACAGUUGAGUUUGCACGAGGUACCAAAUAUCUUAACAAUAGUUCUGAAGAGAUUCCAGACAGGGAAAUAUGGGAAAAUCAAUAAAUGUGUCACCUUUCCAGACUUACUGGACAUGAUUCCAUUUGUCACUGGGUCUGCUGAUAGCCCUCCUCUCUACAUUCUAUAUGCUGUUGUCGUUCAUUUGGACACUUUAAAUACAUCCUUCUCUGGUCAUUAUGUGUCCUAUGUCAAAGACAUUCAAGGAACUUGGUUUCGAAUUGAUGACUCCGAGGUGCAGGUUGUGCCAUUGAGUCAGGUUAUGUCUGAAGGUGCAUACAUGUUAUUUUACUCAAGGUCGUUCCCACGCCCUCCAAGUGUUUGUAUCAAUCGAGCACUACUACAAGCUCCCUCUCUAAUGCAUAAUUCACUGAAGUCUCUGAAAUCUUCAAGACAUGGGCAGCCUGAGGAAACUGAAACUUGCCCUCUACUGUCUAAUGCUGAAAAGAACUCAAGGCCUGAAAAAGCCAGGAGCUUCUUUUCCAGCAAUGAAAUUCACACAGAUACAGUCAUCAGCACAGACUUCUCUGAUCCUACAUCAAGUGAUUGGUCUCUCUUUACAAGCUCAGAUGAGUCAUCUUUUACCACUGAGAGCACCAGAAAUUCAUUCAGUACUGUUGAUCAUGAAGACUCUGGGGUACUUGACCCCAUUUCUUCUAUAUUUGGCUCCUUUUAUCGCUCAGAUUGUUCGCAGGGUAGCACUAUUUCGUGUACAAAUUCAUCGCUCAGAGUUUGAUGGAUACUUAGACUUCGUUUGGGACGGAUUUUUUGUUGCUUCUUAAAACAGAGUUUUAGUACAAAAAUUUUAAUUUUUGUGCUAAAACUUCGUUUUAAGAAGCAAUGAAAAAGCCGUCCCAAACGAAGCCUUAUAUUGGAUUUGUCGAUGCGAAUCUGACAACUCGGCGGUGUACAUAAGUCAAGGAAUAUAUUCAUUUUUGUUUAUUAGAACAGAAGGGGAGUAAUCCCAGUAAGUAUCAGGAUUUGUAGUUAUUAGUUUUUUCUAGCAACCUCUGGUUGAUCCAAAUUCUGUAAGUGGUUGUGCCUCAGCUUUUUUUUAGUUUGAAUGAGGCAUUUGAUCAGAUAAGUAGCAGACUUCAUAUUUGUAGUAAUUAGACAUCUAGUAGAAAUUUUUAACCUGAUAUGGCUUGGCUACUGAGUAAAGAGAACCAUGAACUUUGAUGGUUUACUGGAGCAAUUUGAUUACCAAAUAGUUAAUAGUA